CACACUCUGAAUUUCCACAAAGCAACAUUGUUUCUUGUUGCGUGUGUUUCAGGCAGUAUAGAAAGUCCUUAAGGUAUCAUGACAGGCUAAAAAUGACAUCUUUUAGUGGUUUAGGUAUUGGUUUGAGCUUUGUUUUUGGUUGCAUCCUCCUGGGACUUAUUGCAGAACUUUACUAUCUGUUGUGGUGGAAGAAGAGAAUCACCAACAGAGAGCUUGAAGGUGGCUACACCGCCAACAAUGCCACAGAUCUUUUUUCUCUCUCUUGUUGGAAGAAACCCAAUUCAGUGAACAGCAACAACAUUCAGGAGCUCAAUAUAUGCGUGAGAAACCCUGAUGCCAAUGGCCUUGAUAAAGACCUAGAGCAAGGGACAUGCAAGGAUUUGCUGCUGAAAGGCUAUGGUGAAGAAGGUGUAGAGUCAGAGCUCAUGAGGCUUCACAAUCUCUGUGGGCCACCAAGGUUUCUUUUCACAAUCAAGGAGGAGACAAAAGAGGAUUUGGAGUCUGAUGAUGGGAAAUCAAGAGGUGAUAGAAGCAGAAAAGGGUCCAGAACAAGAAGCUUGAGUGACCUUAUUAUUGCUCUUGAUACGCCUUUUCUUACCCCUUUGUCCUCACCACCCUUGAAGACUCACCCUUUUGAUUCGUAUAACCACCAAGGAUUCAAUCCCCUCUUUGAAUCAUCAACAGAAGCAGAUAUGAAUAGGUUGAGAUCUUCACCUCCUCCAAAGUUUAAGUUCCUGAAGGAUGCUGAGGAGAAACUGAUGAGAAGAUUGAUUGAGCUGGAGGCUGAAAAAAGGGCUCUGAAAAAUGAUGGUUCUAUUAAGGACUCAGUGAUUAAAGCUUCUCCAAAUUCAAUGGUGGACACUGAAGAAAGAGAUGGUUCUGUCAUUACAGAUGGUGUUGGUGAGAAUAAAGGAAGAGAGCUUCAUCACCACCAACUUGUAUGUCAUUCAACUCCUUCACAGGUUCUUCCAUUGGCUUAUUCUCCUUCAACAUUCAGACCACUUGAGAACAAAUCCAAUUGUGCAAUAAAUCCCAUGAAUUAACUAGAAAUAGGUAAUUUGAGAUUGUUCUUGUUCCCCCCUCUAUUUUUCUCUUUAUUGAAUUUACAAAUGAUACUUCUGUGUAUUGAUUGUUUUCCAAUAGGGUAUUGAGGUUUUGUUUUACAAAUUCUGGGCACUUAUUUGUUUGGUUAUUGGGGAAGAAGAUACCCAGUACCAAUUAGCAAUCAUUUUUGUGCAUGGAAUCUCGAGUAUUCAAGGUUAUCUUUCUCUAUAAAUUGAUGCAAUGAUG